AUGGUUAAUGCCAAGGAGGCGAAGCGGCAGCAAAUCAGGCGUAUUAAGCGGAUUUUUAAAGAAGCGGAUGAAAUUAAUGGGAAAUUCAGCCGUAUUUGGCGCCGUAAAAUAGGGUACCUGUGUUCUGGGCUUCCUUUCUCAACAUUGCUAUCCGCCUUCCACAGGAGAUAUGGAAAGCCAGCGGGAAUCACUCCAAAUUCCCCUCCUCAACUACAACUGCAACUGCACCAAGGAGGAGCUGACAAUAAUGAUUAUUAUAAUCCUGAUCUGGAUGAUGAUGCAAUGGAGGAAGUUUUACGAAGACUUACUUUUCCCUCAUUGAUGAGGGCCAAGAGCAUUUGUAAAGCCUGGAAUACGGUUAUAUCCGCACCAACUUUCAAUCUCCUCAAUGAGGAAACUCAUCAUUUUCUGAUUCAGCAAAUGGUGCAGGGAUUCCAAGGAAUUGCCUUCUUCAGUAGCGCACUCAACCGCUGGUUUCAAAUCCCUUUACUACCGUGGAAGACAUGCAGUUGGCACUACAACAAGCGUUAUUACCCUGGCCCGAAACAGCUUUGCCUGUGCGGUGCAGCAUCAGGGCUUUACCUCUUUCUUGAUUGGGAUGAUGUCUUGUAUCGUAACCCACCCGUCGUAAUUAAUCCUGUAACCAAACAGCGCAGGGAAUUUCCUCCUCUUCCACUCCACUGUAGCUUGACGCCCGGAAUGGCCGUGGAACUCAUAGUCCAGUCUGGUCACUUUCAAAUUAUUACUUUAGGCUUUGAGAUAAGCAGGCCAAGGGAUUUGUGUACUCUACUAUACAAUUCCACUACAAAUAAGUGGACAGAGGUGCCUGCCACGCCUGCCAUUCACAUUCACAUUCGCAGCUUCUACGAAAUACACCGUUGGACGAGCGCAGUACACAAUGGCGUAGUCUACUUUACGAAUAACUAUGGUCGUCAUCUGGGUUGCUAUCACAUUUCUUGCAGAGAGUUUCAAUUUAGGGAGGUCGAAGGAGGGCUACAUCCCCAGAUGAAUUCCUAUGAUCAUGUUAAGAACAUGCACGCUCUUCUGCCGUCCUUAGUGGUGUGUAGUGGAAAGCUUCUUUUGGUGGGGAGGUUACUAAAGAAGGCCGAGGAAAGGUCUAUAUUGGGCCGCUUUCCUCUCAUCAAGCACACUUUGGUGGGGAUACGGGAGCUGGACAAUAGCAACGAAUGGUCUUGGUCUCUCAUUUCCAUCACCCCUCAAGGUCUGUUAAAAGACACGGUGGAAUCAUCGGAUGGAAGUGAUUUUUUGGUUGCUGCUGCAUCAGGAAAAAUUUGGCUUACCAUUCAAGGAAGCCUGAAUAUGAUGUGCCUUGAUUUAAGCUCUAUGGAAUGGAGUGUGUUGCCAGGCUGCCCUGCUGAAGAUCUGGUCGACUGCUUUCCAAGGAAGGCAGUUUGUGGAACGUUGUCGAUUCACGACAAGCUUUCAUUGUUUGACUAG